CAGGGAGAAAGGGGGGAGAGAGAGAGCAUGAGUGAGUGAGUGGGAGGCGUCUCUGAGGUGGAAUAUGUAAAAAGUCUAAACAACAAGUCCUCAAAGCUCGAGGACAGACGGGAGCUAGUAUAAAUGUGCUGCUGUUGGCGCGGGGGUAAUAGGGGCCAAAAAACACCCUCCCCCUCUCUGGAUGUAAGCGCGCCACUGGCCAUGGCCACUCUGGAGGGCUGUCAUUGUCAAGGCGCCGGGGGGCAAAACAAUAACAACAGCAUCCUGUACAACAUACUGAAGAACGACAGCCUCACGACCACUGAGGAACCAACAUCACAACCACAACACAGACAGCAGCACCAAGUGCUCAAGGUCUCCUCCUGCUCCUCUUCUUCGAGGUUCGAGCUUAGGCAGCAACAGGCUUGCUCUUGCGGUUCCUCGCUGCGACGGGGGUCUCUCCGGUCCCCCCAGGUGACCUGCAAAGCCGCAUCGGCAGUCCUCAUGAAGACUCUGCGAUUUGUAAAGAACGUGCCGUGUUUCCGCGAGCUUCCCGAGGAUGACCAGCUGCUGCUCGUUCGGAACGGCUGGGUGCCGCUGCUUGUGCUGGGCCUCGCGCAGGACCGGGUGGACUUCGAGACCACGGAGACCGCGGAACCUAGCAUGUUGCAGCGGAUCCUGACCGGCGGCUGUGUCAGCCAAGGCGGCUUAAUGGACAGACAGGUUGAGCCGGAGCAGAGCGCGGGAACACCCGGGGUCUCUCUCGUGGAUAUCCAGGGCAUCAAAGCGUUCCUGAAAAAGUGUUGGGGUUUAGACAUCAGUACCAAGGAAUAUGCCUACCUCAAAGGAGCCGUGCUCUUCAACUCAGAUCUCCCUGGUCUGUGCUACCUCAACUACAUCCAGUCACUGCGGAGCGAGGCUCACCAGGCUCUCAACGAGUAUGUGAAGCUGAUCCACCGGGACGACGCCACCCGCUUUGCCAAGCUGCUCAUCGCCCUGGCCAUGCUGAGGGCCAUCAGCCCCCCGGUGGUGGCACAGCUCUUCUUCAAGCCCAUCAUUGGAGCCGUCAAUAUGGAGGAGGUCUUGCUGGAGAUGUUCUAUGGGAAGUAGGCUUUCUAUGGUCCUGUCCAGAAACAACCCCUAGAUAUAGCCCCCAAGUCCUUCUCUUAGUCCUUACUCCCUAGGUAAUUUCACCUAUUCCCUACCCACUAGAAACGUGACCUUGCCCUAGACUCUCCACCCCCAUUUCCCCACUUCCGCUAGCCCCUAGCUCCUAUUGGAUAGUAAUAAGCAAAAAAAAACAUGCCCAAUACAGGAACAAUAUGAUAUCUCCACUUUGCC